AUGGCGACUCUGCUCGCCUUCCUCUCCUUUGGCGUGCACGCGCUGGGCCAGUCCGCCUGUGCCGCCAACUAUGCUCGCGCCAAUGCCACCGUCACCUACGGCCCCGUGGCUGCUCCCAAUGUUGACACUUCCAACCCCGCCAAUUUGAUCCCUGCUGCCAAUAUCUCCCUGUACUAUGGCUCCUCGUACGAUGCGUCGCAGUCCAAACCCGCCCUCAGCUCGGGUUCCAUCAAUGUGACCCUGGACUUCGCCCAUGAGUCUGUCGUCUUGGAAUACAUCGACGCUCUGAAAACGGUCCACUGCACCAAUGAGUCCGUGCGGGUGGUCUUUGAGCACUCGGAAGCUUUCCAAACAGCGUCCGAGUCUUGGUCGUUGCAUGAGAAUCUAGUCCUGAUCACAAACCAUCUUGGAAAUUGCGAUACCGAGUUUGAACGUGGGUUCUUCAAGGUUGACAGCAUCGUCUCCAACCCGUCCGACCUGUCCAUCACCGGCAAUGCAUCCAAGCAGGAGAUUCAGCAUAUCGCGAAUACCUGCGAACUCACCUUCUCCUCCGUUCCUGCCGGUACCCUCUCCAAACGCUUCGUCGUUGACCCGUCGGUGAGGAUCCCUUUCUCCAAGGCCCUGGCCGAAGAUACCAUCCUGUUCAACGAACCUUCCUACCUCACCGUCACGGCCAACCAAGCAUCCUUCUCCACUGAAGUCGCCUUCAACGGCUACCUGAACUUCGACUUCUGGGGGUUCAAGGUGCGCGACCUCUACUUCGACGUUACCGCCCAAUUUGCCGCCGAUCUGGCCCUGACCGCGAAGAUCGACGCGGCAUACAGCACCGCCUUUGUCUACGAGCCCUCGGACCUCAGCUACACGCUCAUAAACGUGCCGGGCAUCGUGAAUGUCGGCCCGGGCGUCGCCUUCGGUCUGGGUAUGGACCUCAUCUCCUCAGGCGCCGUUGAGGUCCACGCGGGCAUCUCUGCCGAAAUGCCUAACGGCCGCGCCCACCUUGACGUUCUGGACAGUCAGAAGAGCAUGUCCGCUGGUUGGACCCCUACAUAUACUCCUCACGCUAACAUCUCCGCCCACGCGGAGGUCACGGCCAACGCCCACGCCCGACUCACGGUCGAGAUGGCGCUCAACUUCCUGGGCGGACUCCUAGACCUCAGCGGGGGAUUGACGGCCAAACCGGGGGUUGCGAACAAGUUUACCUUGGACGCUACCAAAGUGCUUCCGGUCAAACCCUUGCGUAGGGACCUGAACGAUGACGAUUCUCUUGCGGUCGUUCCUUUGGGCCAGGACUCGAAGGAUGACGAUUCCCUUGCCGUCAUUCCUUUAGGGCAGGGCCCGAAGGACAACGAUGCUCAUGCGGUCAAGCCCUUGAUGCAGGACGCCAAGGACGAUGAUAAGUGCGAGAACGGCUUGGGGUUGAAAUCGGACUUUACAUUUACGCUUGAUGCGUAUGCAACCAAGUGGUGGGAUACGACACUUGUCGAUGUGAAAAUUCCAUUGUUGGAUGGUUGCCAUCAUAUCUAA